ACUACUCUGCUCUCUUAGCUGCAGCUUAAUUAUUAAAUGUUGAUUCGUAAUUUUAAACCUGAGACGACCAAGACAAACAACUUGGCAUUGCCCGAAGUUUCAACAGUGUUUCAUAUUGCCUUCUAAUUGUAGGGUUAACAUUGUUAACGUUUUUUAAAAUUUAUAAACACACCCUUUCCUGGUUACCGUAUGAGGAGGGGGUUGGGGUAAUUAAAUUUGACUGGUUGCAAGACCUUCAGCUACUUAAGCGUGUUUGAAACGAGGCUCGAAUUAUAGCCAGUAUUUCUACCGGUUAAGUGCAACCGAGUGAAACAUAGCGAACAUACAUUUCCAGCUCAGUUUCAGUGCUCAAAAAGAAAAGCCCGACUUUUAUUCAAGUCGACGACGGGCUCCAGGAUGGAGGUGCUGGACAGCAGGAGGACCGUGGAGGUGCUCAAUGGCAGGAGGAGCAGGGAGGUGCUGGACAGCAGGAGGACCAUGGAGGUGCUGGAUGACAGGAGGAGCAGGGAGGUGCUGGAUGACUGGAGGAGCAGGGAGGAGCUAGAUGACAGGAGGAGCAGGGAGGUGCUGGAUGGCAGGAGGAGCAGGGAGGUGCUGGAUGGCAGGAGGAGUGGGGAGAAGGAGUUGGAUGGUGGCACGGGCUCAGACGCUCCUCUAGGGUUCCAUUACCGCUUCGACGGCGAGGGGCGCCUGGUGCGCUGGGACACGCGGGAGCCCUUCCUCUUCCGCUUCCGGAGGGGCGACGGGUCGCGGAGGCGCGAGGAGGAGCAGGAGGCGCUGGGGUGCUACAUCACCCAGCACGUGUACCGCCUCCUGGAGGAGCAGUGCGGCCUGCGCCGAGUCGCCCUGCCCCCGCCCGGCCGCGCGCCCGUCUUCCUGAGCCAGGGGGCGCUGGCGAGCAGCAGGCCGCUGCUGGUGCUGGUGCAGGACCGGGGCACGGUGCGCAGCGGGCAGUGGAGCUGGCAGGGCAUCGCGCGGGACGGGGUGGGGGCGGGCAGCCAGAUCCCCUACGUGCAGCGGGCGCUGCAGGAGCGCUGGGGCGUGGCCCUGCUCAACCCCAACGAGGGCGGGGCGUCGCCCGAGGAGCACGUGCGCCACGCCUGGGACGGCCUGCUGGCGGGGGCGGCGGCCGGGCAGGUCGCCGUGGUGACGCACGGGUACGGCGGCCUGGCGUUCGUGGACCUGUUGUCGCGGCGACCGCAGGAGCUGCAGCGGCGGGUGUGCGCGGUGGCCUUCAUCGACUCCGCCCACAACCUGUGGCACCAGCCGCUGGGCGGAGCCGCGCGCGAUUGGCUGAAGGCCCACUCCAGGAAGUGGGUGCUGAGCUCCAAGCCCGCGAACCGCUCCGUGGGCUCGCUGAAGGCCGACUGCCCCCAGCUCUCCGCCGGGACGCUGGACCGCCACAGCGCCCCCGCGUCCUGCAUGGAUGCCGUGUUCCGCUACGUCACCAAGGCGCUGCGGUCCAAGCCCCCGCCCUUCGGCAUCAUCACCCGCAGCAAGAGCCGGCCUCCUGGGGGAGGGGCCAGGCCUCAGCACGCUAACGCCAACCAGAUCUAG